UCCUUGUCGCGCGCGGCAUCGCGUGCGCACGCCUCGCACACGUCACCCGUUGCCAUGGUCUCCCCUAGUCCCGUGCGGACUAGGCCUCGCGUGCUGGUCACCCAAUCGCGCGCCAACGCGCUUGCCCAGCUGCCGCCGCCUUCCUCAUGCGCGUGUGGCCCAUCGCUCGGCACUCCUACGCCCGCAAGGUUUAGGCCUUGCGCAUGCGCGCCCCAAUCGCGCACUCUCGUCCGCGCGCCCUCGUUAUCGGCCUGUUCGCGCGCGUCCUCGCCACUUGCACGGUUGCUGCCCACGUUCGACGCCCCCGUACUCUUCUCGCGUUUGCCUGCCCGCCCGCGCGUACCGUCGACGCCUGUAUCCCGAUCGCCUAUCGCGCGCUCGCGUACACCCGCGGUUCCCCGCGUAUCGCCGACCCCCACAGCUUGGCUACCUCCUGCGAAUGAUU